AAAGCGCUGGGGCUGAAGGUCGUAGAUAUUGCCAGCAGGGAUUUCCCACUCCAAGAAUCAGAUGUUUGCUCAGAGAGAUCUGAUGGAGUCUAUGGAGGUUACAGGUCUGCUGCCGUUCUGUUCCUAAACUAUAUCUGUUGUCAUGGAGACAGAAGAACUGGAAGAGGUGGAAAGGCAUUGCAGAAAAGCAACCAGUGGUGUCAAAAAAGGCAGUUCUCAGCAGACAGCCUCACAGCCUGGUAUGAAUUCUGAGGAUGAGGAGAAGUCAGAGGGUGCUGACCAUGUGACCCAGGACAGUGAGUCACAGAUUCACUACAUUCCCAUUCAAAGAAAUUCCAAGUAUUAUCGGUCCAUGAGGCUACGGACCAGACAGAAAGAGAGGAAUAACAGAGAGGGAAUGAAUGCUAGGCAUCCUGUAGCUUCACUCAAAAAUGGAGACAGCAGAAGCAAACCUCUGAAUCUGGAUGUAUUAUCUCGCAAGGGACCCUCAGUAUCAGUAAAAUCUGAAGUGAAAAAGUUGGAAGAACAAUGGACACAAAGGCUGCUGCCUUCCUACCCCCGUUGCCGUGGCAACCGCCCGGCCUCCCCCAACCCCGCGCCGCCUGCGGAGUCGCUCGGCAGCCGCCGCUCGGAGCCGGACUCGCCGCCGCCGCCGCUGUCACAACCUCACAUGGAGCUGCUGGCUGCGGCGCUCAGCGCCGCCUGCGCCCUGGACCGCGACGGCUCGGCGGAGAGCGCGGCCGGAGCCUGCCCGGCCGGCAGAGAAUCCCCUUCCACGGCCGGACUAGUGCUUAUCCCUGAUGAGAGCCCCGUGCUCCCAGAGUGCCCAGCUGCUCUCCCUGAAACCCUGCAAAUGAUCCACCCCAUGACAACUGACUCCUGGAAAACCCUCAUUGAACAAAUAGGGCUCUUGUAUCAGGAAUAUCGAGAUAAAUCUACACUUCAGGAGAUUGAAACCAGACGACUGCAAGAUGCACAGACAGACCCAGAGGAGUGCUCCGCCAGUGAGGAGAUGCCAUCAGAGGCAGAAUCCACAAAUACGGCAGAAAGCAGGACUCUUCCCCAAAUCAGCUUGCUCAGGAACUCCACUUCCAGGUUUAACUUGUGGCAGGAUCUUCCAGAGAUCAGAAGCAGCGGUGUCCUGAAUAUCCUUCAGCCAGAUGAGAUCAAACUGCAGGAGGCCAUGUUUGAACUGGUCACUUCUGAAGCCUCAUACUACAAGAGUCUGAAUCUGCUGGUGUCUCACUUCAUGGAGAAUGAACGUCUGAAAAAGAUUUUACAUCCAUCUGAGGCUCACAUCCUCUUCUCCAACGUCCUGGAUGUCAUGGCUGUCAGCGAACGUUUCCUCUUGGAUCUUGAGCAGCGAGUGGAAGAGAACAUUGUGAUCUCAGAUGUGUGCGACAUUGUCUACCAGCACACAGUUAAUCACUUCUCGGUGUAUGUAACCUACGUCUCCAACCAGACCUACCAGGAGAGAGCUUACAAGCAACUUCUCCAAGACAAGACAGCUUUCCGGGAGGUGAUAUCACAGUUGGAGAUGGAUCCCAAGUGCAAAGGCCUGCCCUUCUCAUCCUUUUUGAUUUUGCCAUUUCAGAGGAUCACUCGGCUCAAGCUACUGGUGCAGAAUAUUCUUAAAAAAGUGGAAGAGAAAUCCGAGAAGGAAACCACUGCCCUUGAAGCACACAAAGAGCUGGAAACAGUGGUGAAGGCAUGUAACGAAGGUGUCAGGAAGAUGAGCCGAACAGAGCAGAUGAUUAGCAUCCAGAAGAAAUUAGAGUUUAAGAUCAAGUCUGUGCCCAUCAUCUCUCACUCCCGUUGGCUGUUAAAGCAAGGGGAAUUGCAGCAAAUGAAUGGCCCAAAGACAUCACGCACGCUCCGCACCAAGAAACUCUUUAGAGAAAUCUACUUGUUCCUUUUCAAUGACCUGCUGGUACUCUGCAGGCAGAUUCCUGGCGACAAGUACCAGGUAUUUGACUCAGCACCGCGAGGGCUUCUCCGGGUAGAGGAGUUAGAAGAUCAGGGACAGAGUUUGGCCAAUGUCUUCAUCCUGAGGCUUCUGGAGAACACGGAUGAUCGGGAGGUCAGCUACAUGCUCAAGGCAUCAUCCCAAAGUGAGAUGAAGCGCUGGAUGAUCUCGCUGGCCCCAAAUCGGAGAACCAAGUUUGUUUCAUUCACAUCCAGGCUCCUGGAUUGCCCCCAGGUGCAGUGUGUCCAUCCAUAUGUGGCUCAGCAACCAGAUGAGCUGUCCCUGGAGCUGGCAGAUGUUCUUAACAUCCUGGACAAGACAGAUGACGGUUGGAUUUUUGGGGAGCGUCUUCAUGACCAGGAAAGGGGCUGGUUCCCCAGCUCUAUGGGGGAGGAGAUUCUGAACCCCAAGAUCCGAUCGCAGAACCUAAAAGAGUGUUUCCGGGUCCACAAGUCGGAUGACAGUCAGCGGAGGAAGCUGGGCAGCAGGAAUCGCCAAUGACCCCUGGUCUCCCCAAGCCCUGGAGCACAAGGAAUAUCUAAUGGCUUAUGGAGAGAGAUGGAGGUGGUGACUUAUGCAGACUGAGAGAAUGAGGUGGUGGUGCUGGUACUAUGAGCCAGGGUACAGGGCCUGGUCUUAACAUGCUGGUCAGACCCACUCCUACACAAAUAGACUUUGCUCUGUUUACUAAGUUCUUCCCUCCACAUUUUGUAUUCCUCUGGAGACCAACCCAAGGAAGAGGAGAGGCCACUUGUCUAAAGCUCAAGGAACUAUUCAAUGUAAUGGAUUGCCAGUUGUGCUGCCAACCCCAAAGAGUGCCAAGUGCUCCCCUGUGCAGUGAGGAGCUACUGGACAAGACCACACCAGAGCCACCCAGGAGGUUGACCACAGCUGUAACAUACCAGCUGGUCAUAUAUAAGGGUUGCUUCAGUUGCUUUUCUAGUUUAAGUGGAUAGACUCAGCUGGGCUGGGGAACAGUUCUACCUUACAUACCAUAGAAAACUCUCUCAGUCUCCUAGCUACCCCCUUGCUGAGAGAUUCCAUUGUAGGAAUGGGUUUGUGCCACCCCACAACAUAGUUCUGUGCAUACACACUAUAGCUGAAACCAUUUACCUCUUCCAGUAGGCACCUGGCAAUUAACAUAAUGGCAAUAGGGGCUUUUUGUGGAGCACAUGGUGCUUUUCUGAGUCAGAGCACUUAGAAGAACCUCUAAGUUUGGCAGCACCCCUGUGAGUUAGGUUACUUUAAGUCCCCAUUUUAUAGGUGGGGAAAUUGAGGCAGAGAAGUUGUCUCCCCUGAAAUCACAAAGGGAGACUGUGCCAGAGCUGAGAAUAGAAUUCAGGACUUCUGAUGCCCGAUUCCCAGUCCUGUUUUUGGUCUGCUGGGCCCACUGCUCCCCCCAUACUGGUCUUUGAGCCCAGUUCUAGGCAAAUGCACUAACAAAUUAAAGCAACAGCACCACACCCUGCUUUUCAGCACCCCUAACUCUUUACUCACUAUAUUCCUACACGCCGAUGGCUCAACCCCCAGGGGGUACCAAAUGCAAGGUUCUCUGUGCACAGAACAGCAACAGAGGGUAUCAUCCACCUGCUGCCACAAGCAGGCUGUGAGGGGAACACAUGAUGGACUUCACUCUAACUGCACUAACAGAUGAAAGCACAGGCAAGACCAUAGCACCAGUACAUGGGGUUUCUUUGCCAGAGUGCACAGCACACAUUCAGAGAGAGAGCAGAUAGGGUCAAAGGAACUAUGAGGCCACUGAGUUUGCACAUCAGCUGACAAACCAUUACACACGGAUGAUAUUCUAGCAGAGCCAGAGGCUUCAAAUGUAGGCCAUUUCCCAGCAUGUUUGUAAAUUUGCAGGACUUUGCUCAAUCCAUUGUCAGUUCCUAUUUGGAAUGUAAUGUAAACUGACUAUUUCCACAAAUCUCUACCACAUUCCCAGACAGCUCCGUGGGCUGUGGAGUGUUUCCAAAGGGAGGGGCUGCACUCAGCCAUCCGGCUCAUGCAGAGGCAGCCCAGCAGCAGUCGGCCCAUCUCUAACAAGGAGAACUCAAGCAAAAUAGCUGAAGUUGGCCAGGAAGUUAGAGGACAUUGUACUAAAGCUAUGUGAGGGCCUGCACAUCCUCUCUAAACCCAGCUAACCAGCUGUGUGCAUGAACUGUAUGUACAGUAUUGAUGCCUCCAUGUAUAUAGGAAAGUCCUUAGUAGCCAGAAGGACAAGGGAAUCAUUUCCUUAUAUAAUGCAACUCAGCAUUGCAUGAAACACAGGGCAAGGGAUCAAGUGCUUCAGCAGGGAACUGAGAACGGACAGUGGUUGGAAACUGACGCUGAAUAAGCAUCCUAACAACAAAUGGCUAUUGGGCCGGCUCUGCUGUAAGCGGUUCCAGAGCGGCCCCUUCUCUGAGUGGCCCUUUGUUAGCUACAAAAAGGACAGCUGACCCAAAGCCUUUAUUUGCAUGAACAUAAAUCAGGGAAUUUAAAUUAUUCAGCAUCUUUCUGUGAUGCAGGAAAGCAGAGUCUUCCAGGCAUUUUUUGACACUCAGUGCUGCUUUUGAUCUCUGUGCGUUCCCCUACUAGCCUUGCUUAACACCCCACUCUCCACACUCAGAUUGGGCAGUAUCAUGUCAGUGUGGCUGUGGUCAAAAGAGGUGUGUAAAACUAGCACCUUCUUACUAAGCUGAUAGAUGAGUCACCACUAUGUGCUUUAGACCCUAUCUACAUUAGGCAUAUUUGCACUGGUGUCACACUACAAUUGAUGCAGUCAAUUACCGGCAUAAACCCCACUUUACAUCACUGCUGCAUGCCUGCAUCAGAGGCUCAUGCCAGCGUGACUACAUCGAGGUACUUUAGUGUAACUGUCUCUGCUGUAGACAGGCUCUUCAUACAAUGCAGUCUUUAGUAUUGCAGCGCUAACACAGCUAUGGGAGAGUGAGUGGGAUUCAGUUGUAGCUUGCAUAUGAACAGAAUUGUUAAGGUUCAAGUGCAUGGAAAUCUUUAUUCAACUCCUAGAUACUGCAGUGAGGAACACAUCAGAAACAGCUGACAAAUUCAGAUCCUGCUCUCUUACACCUGAGAACAUUCAUAGUUACUUAAGUUAGACAAGUGCCUAUAGGCAUGUCGACACAGCAAUUCAACCCCCGUGGCUGGUCCGGAUCAGCUGACUCAGGUUUGGGCUGUGGGGCUGUAAUAUUGGUGUGUACAAGUUUCGGCUCUGGCUGGAGCCUCAGUUCUGGGACCCCUCGAGGGGGGCUGGUCCCAGAAUCCAGCCAGAGCCUAAUUGUCUACACAGCAAUUUUUAGCCCUGCAGCUUAAGCCAUCUGAUCUGGGCCAGCCUUGGCUAUGCCACAGAUCUUGUAUUCCAAUGAGGGCAGAGCUCACCUCUCAGUAUGGUUACUACUGGUGAUAUGUGAGCCAGAAGGACCUCAGCUUGACUGACAGAUUCCAGCUUGGGUUUGUGGGGCUGGCAGUUAGAAAAACAAUUGCCAUUUGACUUGUAAAUUGAGCAUAUUUUAUCCAGAGAUGCUAUAAAUACAAAGACCACAAAUAAAUUGUACAGUCACUUUUCUAAGUACAACCAGACUAAGCUCAGGGUCCAAGACUCAUAGCAGCAGCUGUUUACAGGUAAUUAGUUUAAAGUCAAAACACGGAAGCUCUUGCUAUGAAAACUAUUUCAGACAAAUAGAUACAAG